UCACAAUAUAGGUAGGUCAUGGGGAAGGCGGUACAACAUGGAGAAGAUGACAAACUGACAUUAAUUUCCAAACUUCUGGGUUUAAAAGACUAGAAAGCUGGCUUUCAGACUUGAUCUCCAGAAACAAGAUGUUUAUGUGAGGCUGAAGCCCCCAUUCAGGAUGAACAAUGGUUGUCAAGCAGGGUUCCCUGGGAGUGGUGACAAGAUUCUACUACCUCAGAGGAACCACUCAGGGGCCCCAUCCUGAAAUAUCUUGAUUUCAAAGAAAUCCCUGCUCUUUGAUAAAUCCUCAAGCCACAUUUUCUAUUAGACAAAAAGACUCCAAUGGAUAUAGCACUCCAAGCAUGGUAAAGACUUUCAUGUGAUUAGAAAUUUUGUCUCUUAAGGUGAUGACUUCCACCUGAUGGGGAGACAUACUAAAAGAGUUUCCCAAAACCUCACAAUCUGCCUAACAUAAUCCUGGGACACAAUACUAAGUGGGGAGCAAAGAGGCAAAACCCAGUUAAUUGAUCAAUAACACCUAUAUGGAGAUUUUGACUUGAGUUUGAAGUUUAGAGAAGGGUUUGAUUAGUAUUCAACUCGAUUCCUCCUCUUGGCAGCACAUCCUCUCUGGUCUCUAUUCCAAGAAUGGAUAAAUGAAAGAAACGACUCCGGUUUCACCUGGAAGCCCAGACAGGAGGUGAAGAAGGUAGAGGCUGAACAGAGCCAAACUCCCUGUCCCUCGCCUCUCCUUAGAUAGCUGUGAGCAGGGAGGAAGGCUGAAGGAGGUGGAGGGAAAAAAUGAAGGAAAUAGUUUUUGCAGCGCUGUCCUGGAAGAGAGAUGCGGAAGGAGAGUGGGAGGUUCCUAGUCAAGAGAAGGACACCCCUAUGCUUCUCUGAGCAGCAGGCGUCAGGAUCCAUGUCCUGCUCGUAUUUCUCUGCAGAGCUGCUCCGGGCACCAACACCAUGCGUCCCUGCCCAUGGAAAUACAUCACAGUUGCUGUGUCUUCAGUCAUCCUGAGCUUCCUCCUCCAAGAGGAUGAUGAAGAACAUCUUGAGUACAGUUCAUCAUUAGAGGAAAAGAAGAAAAUGCUGUGGCAGGUGGACCAGGAGAAAAUCAACUCUGAAAUCAAGAACCAUCUGGAGACCUUCAAGGAGAUGCAGAAAAACUCUCUACUCCAACAGGCCGAAUACACCUUCCUGGCUGGAGCCCUUACCCAGGAGAAGAGCGAGUGCAUGGCAGGGAGGCGGCGUCCUCCCGGGAGCCCCCUCUCGGACACCCUGCAGUCCCUGUUCCGAGCGUCGUCAGAGCAGGAGUUGAAGUCCGUCGUGGUGCUGGUCCACCUGGCAGGUCCUGACCCUGAAUGGCUCCGCCAGACGGUUGCCAAUAUCUCAGUCCUCUUCAAACCACAUACUGAGGCCCAGAGGCUGCUCGCGGUCCGGGGCCGUCUCGGGGGCCCUCCUCUCCCGGGAGAUCUGUGGCACCAACCACUCCUCAUCCUGCCAGCCUGGAAGGAGCUGCCUCGGAUGACCCUGGGGUUCUCCAGCCUGAGCUUCUCCAGGAAAGUCUCCCACACCACUGACCUCUCCCGCCCGGCUGCUUUGUUCCUCCUCUUCCGUAAGGACAUUCCAACUCCCUUGCUUCUCUCCGAAUCCCGUCUUCUCUUAGCCCGGAAUAUUCCGAUUCGGGUCACCUCCUCAGUCUUCUACCAUGUGAACGAUUAUUCUGUGCUUGAAGACACCUGCUCCCGUGGAGGCGGGGAACCCGACGACGCCACUGCCAGUGUCCUCACUGACAUGAGGACAGUAUCAGGUAUUAUCCCACGGAACGCUGAUGCCCUCAACGAGGAGCGCUGCUCUACCCUCGAUCCUCUAAGAGGCAACCGCCUGACGGUGACUUUGGAGAGGCCACAGAAAGUCAUCCGGGUGGAGGUGCUGACAGGCCCGGAGAAGCAAGGGCUGAACCGGCCGCGGCAGGGGCAGGUAGAGCUGGGCUGUGCUCCCGUAGAGAAUUCCAAAGGCUGUGCUCGCUGUAGCCUGCUAGGUCCACUGGUGGACGGAAAUUUGGACCAGAGGGUUUUUUGUGAAGAAGGUUCCAUGGAGGAGUUGAGUUGUAUACGACUGCUGGUGCUGGCAUCUCAAGGGUGUUGGGUCCUGAUCAGGCAGAUCAAAGUCUGGACUCAGGAGGAGUUAGGCUAGAGGAGAGUUAGAGGGCACAAUGGGAGGUCUGGAAGGACGGGCUUUGGGAAUGGUAUCGAUGUGAUUGACAAGAAGUAAAGCUAGAAAUCGACCAAGGCCUGCUCAUUCUGCAUAGGGUGACCAUGUAGUUUAUUGUCUAAACUGGGACAUUUUUGAGAAUGAAAGGAAACACUAUUAAAAAUUACAUUUGAACAGCAGAUGUAAACCAGGACUGACCCAGGCAAGCUAAGGUGUAUGGUCAUCCUAAUUCUGGCUUUUAUAGGCUACUUAAGAUAGAUGAUACAUUUGGAUGAAGGGCAGAGACAAGACAAUAUCCUUCUGGCUUCCAAGAGCCAGAGAAUGGGAAAGAGUCAUCACAAACUGCCUUGGUUUUUAUCAACCCACAAGUGUAACAUCCUACGAUGUUUCCCUGAAGGAGUCUCUACCCUAUUUACAUUUGCAACAGUCUUGAUAGUACCAUGAGCAUGGAGGUGGAACUGACUUUAGCUUGCAUCUAUACAUCUGUCUUAGUCUAUUUGGGCUGCAAUAGCAGAAUACCAUAGAUUGGGUGGCUUAUAAACAACAGAAACUUCUGUCUCACAGUUUUGGAGGCUGGGAAACCCAGGAUCAAGGUGCUGGCAGAUCCCGUGUCAGGUGAGAGCCCACUUCCUGGCUCGGAGAUGGCUGGCCAUCUUUUUCCAUGUCCUCAUAUGAUGAAGGGUUAUGGUAAGGGAGCUCUGAGGCUUCUGUCAUAAGUGCAAUUCAUCACCUUCCAGGGAAAUAUUUUACCUGGGAAAAAAAUGUUUGCUGUCGCCAGUACAUGAACAUUUAUUCUCCCAUUUCAUUAGAAAGACAAUAACAUCAAGGGACACCAGAUACACAACUAAAAGGGAACAAAAUUCCCAUAUCCCUCAUAAUUUGGAUUGACCAAUAAAGUAAGCAAAGAUUUUGGGCAGGAUUUCCAUUUAAAAAUUCCAGUGGGGAUUCAGUCAGCUGCUAGAAACCUUGUUGGCAUUGGCCUGAGGACUCUUCCUUAGCUUAUUACUUUGUUAUUGCCUUUAGUCAGAUGCUAUUUAUAUUUUGUUUGGCUUUUAUUGUUGUCCUCAAUAAGAAGAUUCAAAUUACCUAGAUUGCUAUUUCAAAGAACUUUUAUGUACAACUUGAAAAGGUGUUCAAGAUACACCAUUAAGUGAAAAAAAUAAAAACCUCUGGCUUCCAUACAAUAUAAAGAAAACUAUUAAUUCAGGGGAAAAAAAUCCAUGCAUUUCCAUUCAGUUUAAUUGCAGGAAGAAACUACAGAAGAUUCUGUUAUUGGCAGUUUGACCUAUGAAAACUCUCCUGAUUAAAACAACUGAAUACACUAUAAGUACAUACUGUUUAAAAACUGUUUUUGAGUGUAUCGAUGAAAUAAAAAGAAUGUAAGAAAUUCUCACAGACCAAAAAAUUAAACAAAAGUAGGGAUCCAGAUAGGUAAAUAAGGACUUAAGCUGGCUUUUGCCCUGAGAAAAUUAACCAAAUGACUAGGACACUGAGCUCCAUAAUCAGCAGCGGGACAGGAUGCAUAGAACUAUAGAAAAGGUCAGGGAUUACCUAAAAUUUCAAGUAUAGUGGGAGACUACCAUGUAAAGCUGCAGCACCAUAGGGCUGCACAUUCAUCACAGAGAGCUGGAAAGAAACACAUGCCACAAAGGUAUAAAAAAAGACAGAAAUGGAUUUACCUAUCUCAUCUUGGCACUGCUGCAGGGGAAAAAUAAUCUCCAAUAUUCCUAAACAGAAGCUUCCCUUUAUGUGGAUAUGCAGCCACCCAAACUAACAUCACCAGAUGCUCCCCAAAACCUCCAGCCAAGAUUAUACUUUAAAUAGGUCACAACUCAAGUUGGUAGUGCCCUCGAAGAUGCCUGGAAAAGGCAUAUGUUAAUCUUUUAGAUGAUGUUAGAAUGCAGAGAAUUCUCACAAAGUCCUAAAAAAUGUAAGCACACAAUAAAAAAAAUCACAAAACACACAAGGAAGUAAGUCACCAUAAUGAGAACCAGAAGAUAAAAAAAAACAGAAUCAGAGUGAAAGGACAUCAUAUAUUGGAAAUAUCAUACAGAAUAAAAAAUAACUUUAAUGUGGUUUUUAAAUUUAAAAGUUAGCUUUGAAAAUGCGAAUAAGGAAUAAAUUUCUAUAAAAAGGACCAAGAAUAUUUGAAAAUAGAAGUUCUAAACAGAAAAGCAAUAAUUGAAAUUUAAAACCCAAGGGAUAGGGGCUCUCUUGUCCCCUCCUGGCGUGAGCCCGGAGCUCUUUUCUCUCAUUUUAUUUAUAAAUAAAAGCCUCUCCCUGGAAAAAAAAAAAACCCAAGGGAUAAGUUAAAAAUCUGAUUAGGCACAAUAAUAUAGAAAAUUCAUGAGCUGAAGGAUAGAAUUGAAGAUAUUAUCCAUAAUACAACACAAGUUAAAGAGAUGAAAAAAUAUGAGAGAGGAUUUAAGAGGUUUAGGAGACUGUGAAGGACAAACAUAAUUCCAAUCUGGGUUCAAAAAAAAAUGAGAAGUUAAUUUUAUUUUAUAUAGCAAUUGGUAUGUAUAUAUGUGUGUGUGUAUAUCCCCCACUCCCUAUCUUCUAUACAUAACUGUAUAGAGAGGGGAUGUUAAUCAGAGUUAAAGAAUUCUAAGGGAAUUAUAUUAACUUUAAAUAGUAAAUCAAAAUAUUCAUGUUAAAUUUUUUUAGGAUAACUCCAAAGGCUAGAAAUAGUAUUUUAUGCUAAAGCUAGAGAAGGAAAUAUAAUGAGAAAGAAAAGAAAAACUCAACCAAUUCGCCCAAAAGGCAAUAAGGAAGGGGGGAACAUCGAAGAUACUUGAUGUAAUAAUGUAAAUAAAUUUGUAAAUACAAAUACUACCUAAUAAACAAAAAUGAAUUAAAUUCAUUAGGUAAAAAAGAUUGUCUUGGUUAGAAAAAAAUACAGAUUUUCCUAUUUAUAAGAGGCUCACUUGAAACCUAAUAACACAGAAAAGCUGGAAGUAACAAUAUGAAAAAACAUAUAUACCUGGCUAAGACAACUAAAAUAAGUGAUAUUGCAAAAGAUAUACUUCAAGGUUAAAAACAAAUGCAUUUGCCAGAGAUAAAGAAGAUCAUGACGUAUCUCAGGGAUUGUUUGAUGGAAGAUGCAACUUACCAAGGGGACAGAACAAUGUAUAUAACUACAGACUUUGCCUCAAAGACACAAAGUUAGUAUUGACAGAAUCCCAAGGAGAAAUUGAUAAAUCUACCAUCAUAAGAUUUUAGCACGUAUCUCAGUAACUGAUAGAUAUAGAAUUUAAAAAAUUAGUAAGGUUUGAAUAUAAUGAACAAAUAUGAUCCAAUGGACAUAUAUAAAAUGUUGCAUCCUUGGUACUUUUUAAAAGGCAUACAUGGAACAUUCAUGAAAAUUGAGUAUGUAGUAUCUCAACAAAUUUCAAAGAAUUGAAGUGACCUGCUGAGUUCACUGACAACAAUACAAUUAGGCUCUUACCUAUCUGGUUUCUAAAUUAAUGACAAAAAGAUUUAAAAUCUUUGUUUUUGGAAAUAAAUGCACAUAUUUCUAAAUCAUUCUUAAGUUAAAGAAAAAGCAUUAAUGGGAAUCAGAAAAUAUUUACAACUGAACCAUAAUGGGGUUACUAAUAUGAAAACUUAGGUCAUGCAAUUCAUCCUGUUCUUAAAGGAAAUUUAUGGUUUUAAAUGAAAAUAAGUAAGACUAACAAACUAGAAAAUAGAUAAGGGUAAAAAUUAACAAAUAAAGCAUCUGUCAUAAGGAUUUUGUAAGAUAGUAGAGUCUAAAAAUCAGUGAAAGUAUAGGGAAGGAAAUAUUCAAUAUAGGAACAAAUUUAAUGGCACAUCAAGAAACAUCAUAAAAGAACAAAAAGGCAAGUUGCGGAGUGGGAAAGGAGUAGGUGUGAAACAGAUGAUGGACAAAAGAUGUCUGUCCAGAAAUAUAAAAAGAUGUUACAAAUCAGUAAGCAAAAGCCAGACAACCUAAUGGCUGAAAAAUUUCAACAAAGAACUUCAAAGAGGAAAUGCGUCAAAAGGAGCUCAUCUCAUUUCUCCUCAGGGAGCUGCAAAAAAAAAUUAAAAUGCCUAAAAAUAAAAAGGCUGACAGUACCACGUGUUGGACAAGAUGUAGAGCAAGGGUUGGUAAGCCAUGGCCCGUGGCCCAAACACAGCCCACCAACUGUCUUUGCAAAUCACGUUGUGUCGGAGCGCAGCCACACUCACUUGUUCACGUGUGCCUCCCACUGCUUCCAUGCUCCAAGCACCAGCAUGGGUAGUGGUGACAGAAGCUGUAUAGCUCACAAAGUCUAAAUAUUUACUGUCUGCCCCUUUACAGAGAAUAUUUGUCAGCCUGCAAUGUAGAGAAAUAAGAAUUCUCGUCACUGCUGGUGGUAUGCAAACCAACAGAAAGCAGCUGAGAAAACUGAUGGAGCAAUUCCACUCUGAGGUAUAUGCCCAACAGAAAUACAAGCACAUGUGCAGGAAAAGACAUGCACAAUAAUAUAUAUAGGAGCAUUAUUUGUAAUAGCCACAAAUUAAAAACCCAAACAUCAAUGGUAGAACGGGUAAACGAAUUUGUUCUAGCCAUACAGGGGAAUACUGCUGACCAACAAUGAAAAUGAAAAGCUACUGCUAUCACAACAUGGAAAAAUCUCACAUGCAUAAAUCAAAAUAAGCUGGAUACAAAAGAAUCCAUACUACCUGAUCCCAUUUAUAUAAGUUCCUAAACAGACAACACUACUUUGUGGUGUUAGAAGUCUGGAUCGUGGUUACCUCUGAGAGGUAGUGCAGGGAGUGAGAACAGAGGUGUCUGAGGGGCUGGGAACAUUCUAAGGAGAAUAUGAGUGAGUGUUCACUUGGUGAAAAAUCAUUGUUAUGUUUCUGGUUGCAUAUAAGGGGUAAAAAUCUGAUUGGAUUGAGUUUAAGAGGACUGGAAAGGGAGAAAUUGGAAGCAGAAAAGCUGAAAACAACUCCCUGGAAGAGUUUUGCUAUAAAGGAAGAAAAAAAAAAGAAAGAGAAGGUAGCUGGCUGAGGAAAUGGGAUCAAGAGAAGUCUUCUUUCCUUUUUAAAAAUGCUGAUGGUAUUAACACAACAGAUAGUGAAAAGUUGAUGAUAUAGAAGAUAGAAAGGAGAAUUACUAGAACCGUAUCUUGGUGGAUUUUAGAUUAACAAAUGGUAGCAGGUGGGGAAGGAGGUCAUAUGGGUACAGAAGCUGGUGGGUGGGUAGAUGUGGUGGAGGUCAUCUUUAGAGUUCUCUUCUGCUUGUUUCAAUUCCUCAGUGAAAAAAAGAAACAUUCAUCAACUGAGAGAGAAGAUGGAGGAAGAAGUAUUGAGGUUCAGAGGACAGAGAGGGUGGAAGAUAUUCAUGAAAAUAAAGGAGAGAAUGGACUAGGGAGGCACCACAGGCAACAUUAUGGGCUCAGUCAGGGUUCAUAGUCAUGAAUUCAAAGUGACACUAAUGAGCAUGGCUGUGUGUGUCUCCCAGCCAUGACCACUGAAAAGGGGUGGCUCAGAAUAGGGAAAGAAAAUUGACCAUUGGAUUGAAACCAUUGGUGAUGGAUUUGCCAAGUUUGUACAAUGAAUUGAGAGGCAAAGAGAAUGCAAAUAUAUACAAGGCAGUGACUGUGGGGAUGGCCCUUUGAUUCAGUCUGUGUAAGCCUGGAGAAUGACAUCACGGUAUUGCAGUGUCAUGAAAGGGGGAAGCAGUUCAAUGUGCGCAUCAGGACACAGAGUCAGUGACAUCAAAGACACGAGGGGCCCAGAUUACCUGCCAUGUUUGUCAGCAGCCUCACCCAAGUCCCAGGGGAAGUCUCCUUCCUGAACACAAUCCAGCAGCUAUGGAACUCCAGAUAACACAAAAAGAAAAACAAAAUAAAACCGGGCAAAGCAAUCCUGAGGUUCCAUAGGAGCCUUUCUCAAUGUCAUUGGCAUUUUCAAGAGUGAUCAUGUCAUUUGUAAAUAUCAUUGACCUUAAGAAUGAGGAUUUAAAAGCAGAGUGUAUGAAUUCAAAACACAGCUCUGCCUCUUAGAUAAGUUAUUUUGACCCCCUCUGGGCUUCAUGUUCUUAUUUCUGCUAUGGUGGGGGGGGGGGCAAUGGCUUGUAUUCAUGGUGUUGUGGAGAUUAAAUGAGUCAAUUUAUGAAGGACACUUAAAACAGUAAUGAGCAUGAACCAAGAGUUUAUUUUGCAACUACUGUCAUUAUUAUGAUUUUCACAUAAUUAUUUAAAAGAAACUACCAAUUCUUUUUCAAGAAUACAAUCUAACCACCAAUCUACCAGCUGAUUUGCCACUUCUCCCUCUACUAGCCAUUCCAAACCCUACUCACUCCCCUGCAAUACUAUUUUUUCAUUAUUCUUUGACAAAUUACAAUGUUCAAAGGGGAAUGAAGAAUUUGGACUUGAUUCAUACCAUGGUCCUUAGCAAAGAAUGAUCUAGGCACAGUGCCACUCAGUGAGAGGUAGCAGGCAAGAAAACAAAGAUUACAGAAACAACUGAGAAAAGAGGAAAGAAAGGAAGAAAUGAGUGACCUCAGUAGUUUCCAGGAAUCUUUCUGUGUCCGUGAAAAAUCUGGCCCCUCACUUCCAACCUCUACCAUCCCACGAAAGACACACCGGAAGUACAGCUGACGCUGAAACACAGGCACAGUGUUCGCAGCGGACCCUGGGGACUAUUUUACAUAACAGAGUAACAGAGACCAGAACUAAGGCAGAAAUGGAACGAUGACAAAGUGUUCGGUUUUGCUUCCCUGGUUCCAUUUCUCUCUCUGUCUCCCUCUAUCUCUAUCUCUCUCUCUCUUUCCCUCUCUCCAGGAGUGACUUUGCCCCCCAGGGGACAUUUGGCAAUGUCUGGAGAUAUUUUGGGUUGUCACAGCCGGAGGAUGCUACUGACAUCUAGUGCAAAGAGGCUGGGGAUGUUGUAAGCAAACAGGUAGGACACCUCCCGACAAUGAAUUAUGCUGCCCAAAACGUCAAUAGUAUGAAAGCGGAGAUACUUAGCUCUUCGGUGAACGAGCAGCGGCAUUUGUGACAGAAUGACACUACUGUUAAGCAAUUUUUAAAAAGCAGAAAGUGUCAAAAUUACAUAAGGAGAGAAUGGAUUUAUCAAACAGCAGAUGGAUCCAAAAAAAUUCUUUCCUCCACAAAAGGCAGAGCCACUAGAUCAAUACGGUAGUUGUGGUGUGCGUAAAAUGUGUCUAGAAAAAUGUCUAUAAAGAACAGGAUUUAUGAGUGUGAAGUCUUAAAGAACUACUAGGAUUUCUUUAACUUCUUAAAAUUUCUUUAUGUUUGGAUUUUUGUUUUGUGUCAAAUACAAGGUUUUACUUGGGAUGUGUAAUGUAAAGACAACCUGAAUCCUGAUGGGAUUCUAUCUAUACUUUUUAAGUCUAUAAACGUCUCUCUUAACCCCUCCUCUCCAAUCACAAUCUUGCCCUACGAAACUUCUCUUGUCAAGAUUUCUAAUGACCUCCUGGCUGCUUAUUUUGAGAUUUGUCAUUCUUCCUUAAUCUGUUAAUGUGGAGAAUUCUAUAUAGAAAGGUCAUAGCUUUGCAUUCCUGAGAUAAUCUCAACAUGUUAUGUUUGGUUGGGCUUUUAAAAAUAAUUGUUGGACAUGAUCUGCUGAUAUUUUAUUUAAGAAUUUUAAUCUAUGUUUACAGAGAUGGGGCAAUAAUUUUCAUUUCUUGUGCUAUAAUCACAGGACAAUAUAAGUCUCCAUAUAUUUACUGAGCACCCAAUGUAUGAAAGCACUUUGUGAGGUGCUGGUAAUAUGUCAGCCCCUAACCCACAGAGCUCACAACUUAGCCAGGAAGCCGAAAAUAACAGACUAUAAAAUGGCUCAGACACAACCAUUGUAGUGGGAGCUAAGGAAAUGAAGUACAGAGUCAGGAUGUCUAAUGAGACUGGAUUACUGGGGAUAGAGGGGCUGAAAAAAGUUGCCCUGAAAAACUGAUGCUUUUGUUCUGCUCUAUAUUGGUUUUCUA